AAUAGUGAAGUAAAUAAUAGGAAUACUAAGGAUCCUGGUUGGUAUGAAAUGAUCGACAUUUAUUUAUCCGUAUGAUCUGGAAUAGUGUAUCGCAUUAUUCUGAUAAGAUCCAAAGUUGCAUAGUAAAACUGUCGUGCGUGUCCAUCACACAGUCAAACCAUCCGCGAUUAUUUCACAAAAGACUUUGCAGUCGGAUAGGCGAAGCAGUUAAAGAUUUCUUUCUUCCAAAUCCCGGUUAUCGAUAUUUUUUCCAUAUUAUUCUCAACCUUUAAUAUCGCUUCUAUUUCUCUCCCUUCUUUUCUGCGUGCGUGGGGCCCGUCUGUAUUAACGACUUCACCGAGAACGUUCUCCACCCCCGCUUCUUCUUCUCUCCUUUAGCAUAAGCCUUCUCAAACCCCUCUCUCUCUCUCUCUCUCUGUCUCUCUCUCUUUGUGUGUGCGUUCCUCUCUGCAUCAAUGGGGUCGGAGGGGAAGAUUAAGGGGAGCGUCCUGGUGACGGGUGGGGCGGGCUUCAUCGGCAGCCAUACCGUGCUGCAGCUUCUCAAGGAGGGAUUCUUCGUCUCGAUCAUCGACAACCUCGACAACUCCCUCGAGGAGGCUGUCCACCGCGUCCGCGUCCUGGCCGGCCCCCACCUCUCCCAAAACCUCCGUUUCCAUCUGGGAGAUAUCCGGAGCAAAGACGACCUGGAGGAGGUUUUCUCUAAGUCGAGUUAUGAUGCAGUAAUUCAUUUUGCGGGGCUAAAGGCAGUCGGUGAGAGCGUUGCAAAGCCCAGUCUUUACUAUAACAACAAUUUGAUUGGCACCCUAAAUUUGUUUGAAUUUAUGGGUAAAUAUGGUUGUAAGAAGAUGGUCUUUUCCUCAUCUGCUACUGUCUAUGGGCAACCUGAAAAAAUUCCAUGUGUCGAAGACUUUAAGCUAAAGGCGAUGAAUCCAUAUGGUCGAACUAAGCUUUUUCUGGAAGACAUAGCCCAUGAUAUUCAAAAGGCUGAUCCAGAAUGGAGAAUUAUACUUCUAAGAUACUUCAAUCCCGUCGGUGCUCAUGAAAGUGGUUUAAUUGGUGAAGAUCCCAAGGGCAUUCCAAACAAUCUUAUGCCUUAUAUUCAGCAAGUUGCUGUUGGCAGGUUACCUGUGUUGAAUGUGUAUGGCUAUGAUUAUCCAACCAAGGAUGGUAGUGCGAUUCGAGAUUAUAUACAUGUCAUGGACUUGGCUGAUGGUCAUAUAGCAGCUCUUUACAAAGUAACUACAGCAGAAAACAUCGGUUGUGUUGCAUACAAUUUGGGAACUGGGCGUGGCACAUCUGUCCUUGAAAUGGUCAAUGCAUUUGAAAAAGUAGUUGACAAGAAAAUCCCCAUCAAGUUAUGCCCCAGGAGGCUCGGCGAUGCUACAGCCGUCUAUGCUUCUACAGAGAAAGCUCAGAAAGAGCUAGGCUGGAAAGCGAGAUAUGGCAUAGAGGAGAUGUGCAGAGACCAAUGGAAUUGGGCAAUCAAGAAUCCUUAUGGCUACAGGCCUCGACCUUGAUCGAUCAGAUACGAUGGAUUAUCUUUUGACAAGUACCCACCACCUUCUGUUUCUUGAUAACGUGGAAUGUAAAUAUUUAGCUCAGGUUAGAUUUUGGUAAGAAGACAGUUAGCAAACCUGAGUUGAAGCUCCUUUAGUUUUCGCUGUUUCUUCACCAGCCAUUCCCAAGACUCUAAUAAACUUAUAUUUUGGAAUUAUUCAGAC